UGUUACGUAAUCAGCGAGCGUCCGCGAAUCUAACACACGAGGAUAUGUCGGUGUUUAUUGAAAUAAGAAUAUUUUAGCGAUUCUUUUAUCAUAACGCGUCCACAGCUGAUUUCACUAAGUUUCAGAGGACAAGGUAAAGCAGAAAUGGGCGACUUUUCCUCCCUGGGUCUGUCAGACUGGCUGAUUAAACAGUGUAAACAGCUGGGAAUCAACAAACCCACUCCAGUCCAGGAAAACUGCAUGCCAGCUAUCCUACAAGGUCGGGACUGUAUGGGCUGUGCCAAGACCGGCAGUGGGAAAACCGCAGCCUUCGUGUUGCCAGUGCUGCAAAAGCUCUCAGAGGACCCAUAUGGCAUCUUCUGCUUGGUCCUCACUCCUACCAGGGAGCUGGCCUAUCAGAUUGCAGAGCAGUUUCGAGUCCUGGGGAAGCCUUUGGGUCUGAGAGACUGCAUCAUUGUUGGUGGAAUGGAUAUGGUGAGCCAGGCCCUGGAGCUGUCCAACCAACCACAUGUAGUCGUAGCGACGCCGGGCCGACUGGCUGACCACAUCCGCAGCUCCGACACCUUCAGCAUGAGCAGGAUCCAGUUCUUGAUUUUGGAUGAGGCUGACCGGCUGUUGGAGCAGGGUUGUACUGACUUCACCAAAGACCUGGAGGUGAUCCUGGAGAUUUUGCCAGCCAAGCGUCAGACACUCCUGUUCAGCGCCACGCUGACUGACACCCUGCAGGAGCUGAAGAGCAUCGCCAUGAACAAACCGUUCUUCUGGGAGAGCAAAUCAGAGACACGAACAGUAGAGGAACUGGACCAGAGAUACAUCCUCACUCCGGAGAAGGUGAAGGAUGCCUACCUGGUCCACCUGAUCCAGACAUUUACUGACGAGCACGAUGACUGGUCCAUCAUCAUUUUUACCAACACGUGCAAGAACUGUCAGAUCCUCACCAUGAUGCUGCGGGAGUUUAACUUUCCAACGAUUUCCCUGCAUUCCAUGAUGAAACAGAAGCAACGAUUUGCAAACCUUGCCAAGUUCAAGGCCAGCGUCUACAAAAUCCUGAUAGCGACUGAUGUAGCUGCCAGGGGUUUGGAUAUCCCGACUGUCCAGGUUGUCAUUAACCAUAACACCCCUGGCCUUCCCAAGAUCUACAUCCACAGAGUUGGACGAACAGCCAGAGCAGGGAGGAACGGCGUGUCCAUCACACUGGUGACGCAGUACGACAUUCACCUGGUUCAUUCCAUUGAAGAACAGAUUCAAACCAAGCUGAAGGAAUAUCCUGUGGAGGAGAAAGAAGUCCUGAAGAUCCUCACCCAGGUCAACGUGACCCGGCGGGAGUGUGAAAUAAAACUCGAGUCAACAGACUUUGAUGAGAAAAAGGAGAUCAACAAGAGGAAACAGCUGAUCCUGGAGGGGAAGGAUCCAGAACUGGAGGCCAAGCGGAAAGCUGAGCUGGAGAAGAUCAGGAGCCAGAAGAAGAAGUUCAAGCAGAAAAUCCAGGAGAGCAUUCAGAAACAGAAAUGUGGACAGUUAAAAAGAAACUGAUGAAGAGAAAACAGAUGAAAAAGAAAAAGGAGUCACAGGCAACUGCAUGAAAACUGCCUUAUGUAUAUACUGCUAGUUUUGGAUCUGUACAAUACCUGUAAUAUUUGUAUCUGCAAAUAAAUUUCAAACUACAAAAACUGAA